AAAACUGUCGAUCGGGCUUUACCACAGUACAUUUUCCGUUGCAAACUGCGCCACCUCCGUCACUAUUCUUUGUACUCGUUUGUUUUUUGUAGGAAUUUUAUUUUUCAGACUAUUUAUACAAAGUGCCAAAGCAUUUGCCUCGUAAAUCAGUGUACCAGCAGUGACCAUGGCAUUGUGCAAUCCGUUCAGUGUUGCCACGGGAGAAUACAAGAACAGUCAGCCGUACUGCCCAGGGGAGCCACUAUUUCCAGCGUAUUCACACGCUGCGGAUAGUAGCACCAACAGCAGCAACAACAACUACAACAGCAACGUGGGUGGUCUUUCUGACUUCAGCUACAACUCCAUCACGACCACCCCCACCGAUGCAAGCAUUAGCACCACUGCUAUCUGCGCCGCCAGCACUCCGCUGUACGAAGCAGGGUCAGCUCGCCGUAAGCUGUUCAAAAAAACGCCCAAACCACAGCAGCUCUCCAAGCUGGCCAGUGUGCUGAAACCGUACAGCUCCGGUCUCGCGUUGCACAAUGUACUCAGCCCAGCCAUGCCGGAGAUCACCGUCGCCAAGCAGCGGGAUCUUGAAUUCAAGGCGGAGAUCGUCGUCAAUGCGACCCGCUACGAAGCGAUCGGGCAGAACAAAAAGAUAGCGAAAGCUAAUGUGUCCGAGAUGGUGCUGCGUGACCUUUGUUUGCAACAUUUGUCGGCCCGGGGCGACGAGGAGCAGCAGCUUGACGAAGUCGAGCCAAACUCCUACGAAGCGUUGCUGAUGACGAAUGUGACCUCGUUUGCCGUCUACAAACUGCUUGAGGAGUGGAACGCGAGCCUGCUGGCUGUGAACUGGCAGCCGACCGUUUCGAGCCCGACGGCCGACGGCAUCAAGAUCCGGUCCCAGCUUCCACCGAAUCCGACCAGCUACGUUCCGACCUCGCUGCUGGUGUUCAUGGUGCCGCAGGCGAAGUUCGAGGAUGAUGGAGUAAAGAUCCUCGGGUCCACGGAUCAGAAGAUCUACAAGGCACGGGCACGGGUACACGAGCAGUGCUUUUUCGGCACGGGGUCGUCGAAAAAGUUGGCCCGCGUGGCGGCAGCAAAGGACGCGUGCAAGACACUGUUCGGGGUUGAGUACUAGAAUUUGACGAAAUUAUUACCUCCUGAGGUAUUUGGCAGCGAAGUGGAAAGGAAGUGUUUUUUUAGUGUUAGAUACACUAUUAGCCUUCUCGUCUGGAUUACGAAUACGAACUACAGUGACGAAUAAUGUUUAUCGUUAGUUUUUACACCAAAUCCAAACUGAACUGAAAUUCAAUUUAAAUAAAACUUUACCAUCACGUAUGAA